AAUCAGUGGGUUUCAGCAACACUUGUACAGCAUUCUAACUCAUCCUUGAAUGACGAGGUUGACGGAAACAUCAUCACCCAAGGACAUGCCCAAAGAGGUUCCUUUGAGCGCUUCAGAUCCCUGGACUUUCAGCUUCGAUUUCAGAAUGUCUUCACCACUCCACCAGCUUCCGUUAGGUCACCGCUUCCUCUUUUCAACUGGGCAAAUUCUCAUGAUGUCUGGCAAAACAUGAUCAAGAAAGAGCUAACGUUCCAGAGAGAUCCCGGAAUGUUCCGCAACCACCCAGAACUUCAGCCCAGAAUGAGGUCUAUUUUACUAGACUGGCUGUCAGAGGUAUGUGAAGUCUACCGGUUACACAAAGAGACCUUCACCUUGGCAGUAGAUUUUGUGGACAGAUACCUCAGUAUAGCCAAAAAUGUGCCGAAAACUCAGCUCCAGCUGUUGGGCAUCUCAUCGCUGUUUGUGGCUGCCAAGUUGGAAGAAAUUUAUCCUCCAAAACUGUCAGAGUUUGCCUAUGUGACUGACUCAGCAUGCUCCGAACAGGAUAUUAUCAGGCAGGAAAUGAUCCUUGUGAAAGCAUUAAAAUGGGACCUGUCUCCGAUGACGACAAAUGCCUGGCUAGGUGUGUACCUGCAAGUGGCCAACAUGGAUCACAUCACGGACCAAGAGCUCGGCUUUGUCUUUCCUCAGUUUUCAACACACGCAUUUAUACAGAUUUCUAGGCUGUGUGAUCUGAGUUUGAUGGAUGCCGGAUCCUUACAGUUCCGCUACAGCGUGAUUGUGGCCGCUGCCCUUUACUACCACACUUGUGAGCAGAUGGUGAUGGAUGUAUCGGGUUUAAACUGGGCAGACCUGUAUCCAUGUGUGAAGUGGAUGGCCCCUUUUGCCAAGGCAAUCCUUGACGUGGGCCAGUCGCCAAUCAAGUUCUUCCCUCACAUUGCACCAGAAGAUUGCCACAAUAUACAGACGCAUAAUGUGGACAUGCCCCUUGUGGAUAGAGCUUUGUCUCAUCAAGCAGCUUUCCAGGAGAACGACCGAGACUCGCCGACCUCACUUGACCUCUCGAGUCACCUUGUAGGACUUUUAACACCGCCAAGUUUUAGGAAUCAGUCAUCAGAAGAGUUCCCUAUCAACCGCAGAUGA